AUGAAUGGCCUAAAAUUUGUAAAGAAUCUGCCUUUACAAUGGCGAUCUUUCUCACGAUGUGUGACAUUACGUCAAGAAGUUGUACAAGCAGCUGCUCCUCUCAGUAUUCCUAUACCAGAAGGUAUGGAUAAGCCAGUAUCGGCAAAAAUCGAAAAGAUAGUGUCAGAGAUCACUAACUUGAAUCUCCUUGAAGUGUCAGAACUUAGUCAAGUAUUGAAGAAAAGGUUAAAUCUGCCUGAUGCUCCGGUAAUGCCUAUGGGUGGCUUUGCUAUGGCUGCCCCUGCUCAAGAAGAAGAAGAUGCUGCACCUAAAACUGUGAAGACUAGUUUUACGGUCAAGCUAACCAAAUUUGACGACAAGCAGAAGGUAGCACUUAUUAAGGAGGUCAAGAGCCUUCUAGAAGGAUUUAAUCUUGUACAAGCCAAAAAGUUUGUUGAAAGUGUACCAACAGUAGUAAAGGCAGACAUUUCCAAGGACGAAGCUGAAAAAUUAAAGGAAGCCUUAUCUAAAGUGGGUGGCAUUGUUGAAAUAGAAUAG